CUGAGGACCGCCCAGCAACCAAGACCAGGAGGCAAAUAAGAACUUCAGGGGAGUUGGCUGAGGCUGGCGGCGGGUGAGUGGGCAGAUCCGGGGCUGCAGACUGGUGGCGAUGGCCUCUCUGCCCUCGGUCACAAACUGGACGACAGGCGCGGGAGGAGAGGGCGUUGAUGCCGGGAGCCUGAGUGAGGCGCUCGCGUCUGGGGCAGCGGUAGGAGUGGCUGAGGCUGAGUGGCUGCAACAGCUUAUCCAAGCCGGCGAUCUCUCCGCCUCGUCCCCCACGCUGGGACUGCCCGAGACUUCCCCGGCGCCUUCGCAGCCGCGGUCCAAUCUCACCAACCAGUUCGUGCAACCGUCCUGGCGCAUCGCGCUCUGGUCCCUCGCGUACGGCGUGGUGGUGGCCGUGGCGGUCUUAGGGAAUCUCAUAGUCAUCUGGAUCAUCCUGGCCCACAAGCGCAUGAGGACCGUCACCAACUACUUCCUCGUGAACCUGGCUUUCUCCGACGCCUCCAUGGCAGCUUUCAACACCUUGGUCAACUUCAUCUACGCGCUUCACAGCGAGUGGUACUUCGGCGCCAACUAUUGUCGCUUCCAGAAUUUCUUCCCUAUCACAGCCGUGUUCGCCAGCAUCUACUCUAUGACGGCCAUUGCUGUGGACAGGUAUAUGGCCAUUAUUGAUCCCUUGAAACCCAGACUGUCUGCCACAGCCACUAAGAUUGUCAUUGGAAGUAUUUGGAUUCUAGCAUUUCUACUUGCCUUCCCUCAGUGUCUUUACUCCAAAACCAAAGUCAUGCCAGGCCGUACUCUUUGCUAUGUGCAAUGGCCAGAAGGUCCCAAGCAACAUUUCACUUACCAUAUUAUUGUCAUUAUACUGGUGUACUGUUUUCCAUUGCUCAUCAUGGGCAUCACAUAUACCAUCGUUGGAAUCACUCUUUGGGGAGGAGAGAUCCCAGGAGAUACCUGUGACAAGUAUCAUGAGCAGCUAAAGUCUAAAAGAAAGGUUGUAAAAAUGAUGAUUAUUGUUGUGGUGACAUUUGCCAUCUGCUGGCUCCCCUAUCAUAUUUACUUCAUUCUCACUGCAAUCUAUCAACAACUAAAUAGGUGGAAAUACAUCCAGCAGGUCUACCUGGCUAGCUUUUGGCUGGCAAUGAGUUCGACCAUGUACAAUCCCAUCAUUUACUGCUGUCUAAAUAAGAGAUUUCGAGCUGGCUUCAAGAGAGCAUUUCGCUGGUGUCCUUUCAUUGAAGUUUCUAGCUAUGAUGAGCUGGAGCUCAAGACCACCAGGUUUCGUCCAACUCGGCAGAGCAGCCUGUACACUGUGACCAGAAUGGAGUCCAUGACAGUGGUAUUUGAGCCCAGUGAUUCUGACAACGCCAAAUCCAGUCGAAAGAAGAGAGCGACUCCAAGAGACCCAAGCUUCAAUGAAUGCUCUCGCAGGAAUUCUAAAUCUGCCUCCACAACUUCAAGUUUCAUAAGCUCACCCUACACUUCCAUGGAUGAGUGUUCCUAAAUCUGUUUCUUGAAGUGAAAAGAGUAGCGUGAGGCCACCAUGGUGCCGGCACGGGCCCCAGUUCUCUUGACGUAUGUCAGUCCUGUCCUACAUGUGCUCCAGAAACAAAAGGGCAAUGUUUAAGCAGCUACACUUUAAUUGAGAAAGGUAGCACAUAAAUAUAACGAAAAUUCUAUUAGGAUAUUUGCCUCUCUCAAAAAAUAAAAUGGGCUUUAAAUUU